AUGUCUCUUGAAAUAAACACCCUAAUUAAACUCAUCCCCACGUUCGACACCUCUAAAACACAAGAAGUCUACAGAUUUGUUAGAUCAUGUGAUUCCGCGUUUCAACUAGCGGCAGACGUUGAAAAACAACAAAUACUUCUCGUCUAUGCUCUCAACAAUAUAACAGGAGUGGGUGCUCCAGAUAUACAUUGUAGGCAAUAUGCUUUUUGGGAGGACCUUAAGUCUUACCUCAUAGAGAAAUUUUCAAAUGUCAAAACAAUAUCACACCUAAAUUUAGAACUCCAAUCUAUGUUUCAAAAACAAGGAGAAAGCCUAACAGAUUAUUAUCAUAGGGUAGACCUUUGUAGGAGUAAAAUAAUAGAAAAGUUGAGCACUGAAAUUAAAGAUGGUACCUUACCAGGCCGCAUAGCAAGUACGGAAGAGACCGCCUUAAGCGUCUUCGUAAACGGGUUAUCUAGCGAAAUAGGUACAAUGCUUAGGACGCGUGGUUUCCAGAAUCUUACCGAAGCAGGACGUUUCGCUAUAGAGGAAGACAAGAUUAGGUCAAUGAAUGCCUCAAGACAACUUUUAUUUAAUCAUAAACCAAGUAAACCAAGCGAUACUAAUCGCAUAAAUUACACCAAACCUAAUAUCACGCAUACACCUCAUAAAAUAUGUAAUUAUUGCAAAAAACCCGGACAUCUCAUUUCGGAAUGUCGGAAAAGAGCUUACAAUAAUAGUAUUCAAAAUAACCAACCUGGGAUAUAUAGAGCACUACCAGCUCCAUCCACACAAAUGCGCACUCCGACACAGCGCGCCUUACCAGCUCCGUUACCAGCACCCCGUGUGAAUAAUUUAAACUCCGAAGUGACCAGCGAGGCGAGCAGCUCGUUGGAAACCGCUUCAACCUCCUGCUCAACGAUUCAGACUCCGACACCGAAUCUAAUUCUAGAACACUCCCAAAUUCAAUGG